AUGCCGAGGGACCUACACACCACAGGUCAUGGUGGGUUGGCGUAUGGAGUUGGUGGAGCUGUGUUUGGGUUCGGAGGAGGAUGUGGCCCUGGAGGUAUUCAAGGGGUCAUGGUCAACCAACACCUCUUGCUACCUCUUAACUUGGAGAUUGACCCCAAUAUGCAGAGAAGGCAGCAGGAGGAGAAGGACCAAAUCAAAUCUCUCAACAAGAAGUUUGCCUCCUUCAUUGACAAGGUGCGAUUCCUGGAGCAACAAAAUAAAGUUCUGGAGAUCAAAUAGAACCUCCUGCAAGACCAAAAAGUUGUGAAAAACAACCUUGAACCCACGUUUGAUGCAUACAUCAGCAACAUAAGGAGACAGCUCAAGGCUCUGGGAGGGUAUAGGCUGCAGCUCAGACUGGAGACUAUGCAGGAUGCUGUUGAAGACUUCAAGAGCAGGUACAAAGAGGAGAUCAACAAGCACACGACUGCAGAGAAUGACUUUGUUUUGCUCAAGAAGGAUGCAGAUGCUGCCUACAUGAACAAGGUGGGACUGGGAACCAAGGUGGCUGCACUGACAGAUGAGAUUAACUUCCUGCGAGCCCUCUACGAAGCAGGGCUGUCUCAGAUGCAGUUGCAGAUCUCCAACACCUCUGUGGUCGUGUCCAUGGACAACAACAGAAAUGUGGACCUGAACAGUAUCACUGCAGAGGUCGAAGCACCGUAUGAGGACAUUGCCAACUGGAGCCAGGCAGAGGCUGAGCCCUGGUACCAGAGCAAGCUGCAGCAGCUCACACCUGGCCGUCACAGCGAUGAGCUCCACAACACCAAGAGGGAGAUCUCAGAGAUGAACCACAUAAUCCAGCAGCUCCACUCAGAAAUUGAUAGUGUAAAGAAACAGCACACCAGUUUGCAGACGGCCACUGCAGAUGCUGAGCAGCACAGGGAGGUGGCCAUCAAGGAUGCCAGGGCAAAACUGGCCAAGCUGGAAGACGCUCUGCAGAAAGCCAAGGCAGACCUGGCCCAGCAGCUCCACAAGUACCAGGAGCUCAUGAAUGUCAAGCUGGCCCUGGACAUCGAGAUCACAGCCUACAGGAAGCUGCUGGAGGGAGAGGAGAGCAGACUGGCUGGAGAAGGCACUGGGGCAAUGAAUAUUUAUGACAUCACCAAUGAUGUCAAAGCUCAAUAUGACACCAUUGCCAGAAGCCAGGUGGAUGCAGAGUACCACAGCAAGGAACUGAAUGGAAUCAUUGGCAAACAUGACAGCUUGCAGAGCACAAAGAAUGAGAUGGUGGAGCUGGUGAUUCAGAGACUGGAGAAUGUGAAAACACCAAAGCCCAGAAGGCAAAGCAGGACAUUAUGUGAGAACCAGGAGCUUGUGACCAUCAAGAUGUUCCUGGACAUCAAGAUCACGACCUACAGGAAGCUGCUGGAUGGAAAGGAGUGCAGCUGGAAGAUCUUGCAUGAAUAA